AUGGCCAAGAUCGAUCACAAGCAGGCGGCACUGGAUUUCCUCUCCUUCGUCAAUGCUUCACCUACUCUCGUUGGUCGAGAACGACAAGCUUAUCCAUCGCGCACGCAGGAAAAAGAGUCGUGGUCUUCUACAUGCCGACCCGGUGGCAAGUACUAUCUCACCCGCAAUGGCUCGACAAUCAUUGCCUUUGCCAUUGGCAAGAAAUGGAAACCUGGAAACCCCAUCGCCAUGAUUGGCGCUCACACGGAUUCCCCCGUUCUGAGGCUCAAACCCGUCAGUAAGAAGCAGAAUGAGGGGUAUUUGCAAGUUGGCGUCGAGGUCUACGGAUCUGGCAUUUGGCAUACCUGGUUUGACCGCGACUUGGGAGUCGCGGGGCGGGUGAUGGUUCGUACGAAGGACGGCUCGAUUGUGCAGAAACUCGUCAAAAUUGACCGUCCCAUUCUGCGCAUCCCGACGUUGGCGAUUCAUCUGGAGCGGCAGGAGACGUUUUCUUUCAACAAAGAGACCCAGCUCUUCCCUAUCGCGGGUCUCGUCGCGGCGGAAUUGAACCGGACGGCCGGGGGAUCGAAGGAGUCGGAAUCCAAGGAUGCCGCUGGAAAGGAAGGAACUGCGGCGCCAUUGAAGGCCAUUACGGAGCGUCACCAUCCAUAUCUGAUCGAGCUGAUAGCGUCGGACCUGGGUGCUCAGCCGGCGGACAUUCUUGACUUUGAGCUGGUCCUCUUCGACACGAACAAGUCGUGUCUGGGAGGACUGCUGGAGGAGUUCAUCUUCUCUCCUCGCCUGGACAAUCUGAACAUGUCCUUCUGCGCCGUCAAGGGCCUCAUCAACUCCGUGGCUGAGGAGACGGCCCUGGACGGCGAGACGUCGAUCCGAUUGAUUGCGCUGUUUGAUCACGAAGAGAUUGGUAGUACGAGUGCGCAGGGAGCCGACUCGAAUAUCUUGCCGUCGGUCAUUCGCCGCCUGUCGGUUCUGCCUCCGUCUCACUUUGAAGACGCCGGCUCCGAGAAGUCGUAUCACCAGGUGGGCGGCGAGGCCGAUGUCUCGACCGCCUACGAGCAAACACUGGCGACGUCGUUCCUCCUCUCGGCCGACAUGGCGCACGCCGUCAACCCCAACUUCUCGUUCAAGUAUGAGGCGGACCACAAGCCCGAGAUCAACAAGGGGCCGGUGAUCAAGAUCAACGCGAACGUCCGCUACGCGACCAACUCGCCUGGCAUCGUUCUGGUGCAGGAAGUCGCGCGCAAAGCGGCCGAGGAUGGCGGAGACGUCGUGCCUCUGCAGCUGAUAGUGGUACGCAAUGACUCCAGCUGCGGCAGCACCAUUGGGCCGAUGCUGUCGGCGGCGCUGGGCGCGCGGACGCUGGAUCUGGGCAAUCCGCAGCUGAGCAUGCACAGCAUCCGCGAGACGGGCGGGUCGCACGAUGUGGGACAUGCCAUCCGGCUCUUCACGAGCUUCUUCAACCACUAUUCGACGCUGUCUCCGACGAUUUUGGUAGAUUAG